UUUUUUUAAACAGAAAUUUAUCUUAACGUAUUAUUAAUUAUGUAAUAUUAUGAAUUGAACUGCUGAUUCCAAAGGCAGUUUCAGUGAACGAAUUUUGAAUAAAUAAACUGGAUGAUAUCUUGGAAUUAAACAAUGAGUCGGUGUUAUUAUGAAAUCCUUGGAAUAUCUCGUUGCGCAAAUGACGAGGAAAUAAGAAGGGCGUACCGAAAAAUGGCCCUGAAAUUUCAUCCAGAUAAAAAUAAAGACACUGAUGCUGAAGAACGAUUUAAAGAAAUUGCCGAGGCUUAUGAAGUCUUAGGCAAUAGCUGCAAACGGAAAGUUUACGAUAAAUAUGGAGAACAAGGAUUGAAACAUGGGGGAAACUCUGGAUGUAGUUAUACUUUUAAUGAUCCGAGAGAAACGUUUGCUUCAUUUUUUGGUGGACAAGACCCAUUUGCGAAUUGGGAUGAUAUGUUCAUGGACUUCGACGAUACAUUUCAAGAUGUAUUUAGUAGGACUACCUCAUCGCAUUUUCCCGGGUUCGGUGGUUGCCAUCGGUCUCGAACUACCCCUAACUUUUUUUGUAGGUCACGACGAGGUUGUCGUAGUAAACAGUUACCUCAAGAUCCUCCUGUCAUUCAUGACUUGAGAGUAUCACUCGAAGAAGUUGCAACUGGUUGUACUAAACGGAUGAGAAUUACGAGGAAACGUUUAUCUCCUUGCGGACUUGCGUCCAGAACAGAAAAUAAAAUUUUAGUCGUAGAAAUUAAGAGAGGGUGGAAGGAAGGGACCAAAAUCACAUUUGCAAAAGAAGGAGAUGAGAAAGCAAAUACAAUACCAGCAGACGUUAUUUUCAUUGUGAAGGACAUUCCACAUUCUAUAUUUCAGAGAGAUGGAAGUGACAUUAUAUAUCAAAAAACAUUAACAUUGAAAGAGGCCCUUGUUGGAUGCGAACUACAAAUUCCAACACUUGAUGCCAGGAGAACGUUAACAAUACCAUGUUAUGAUGUUAUUAAACCAAAUUCCGAGAAGCGAAUACAAGGAGAAGGUCUUCCCAUACCAAAACAAUUGAGCCAAAGGGGGGAUCUUGUUGUUCAAUUCACAGUUAAUUUUCCAGCAUUUUUAAAUGCGUCACAAAAAUCGGCGCUAAGUCAUAUUUUACCAUAAUUUUUUUCAUUGUAUUUUAUUAAUUUCGAUACUAAACAUUUUUAUUCGAAAAUAGAUUAUAUAAUAAUGUUUUAUUAUUUUACUACAAAAUGGAUUGACUAGCGCUCUGAUCAGCCAUGAUUAUGGCAACACCAUUUUGCAGUGUCUGAAUUAUCAUUGUCCUAGCAUGGGCCUACUGAUCGUUGACCCCUUUACAGUCCAUUUUGGAAUGGAAAAAAGUUGGAAAAGGAAAUCCACAAUUCUGCAAGAUAUGUAUUGAAAUAUCCACUAGAGCAGUGGUUCCCAACCCUUUUUUCUGAAUUACCCACUUUUAGAGAGGGUUUCAUUCCCACACACUAAAGCCUGAAAUUAAAAUUUGGUAAGAUUUAAUUGGGUGUGCUCUGCUUUGAAUAACUAACUGCCUAUAGUGUUGCGCCUCCUUAAUGAUAUACCUCUACGCAACAACAUGCUUACAAGAAGUUUCUUAAAAAUCUAAAGUGGUUGUUGACACCAUGGGCAGCUUUCUUUGCUUAGCGUUAUUGUGAUUACUGCGCACUUACAAAUUUGUAUAUUGGCCACUAGCAACCCCUCAAUUCCCCACAGGCGAGAUAUAACCCAUCCCAAUAACCCAUUGGUUGACUGUUUAAGCUUGAGGAUCUGAUCUACUAUUGCUCUAUCUCUGUAUAUAGAUAACUGUCAUUUGUGGAAUUACAGCAAAAUUAUUACUCAUUGCCUAUUCAAUAGACUAUAAACAGUGGUGAGGUUUACACAGAUCCAUUCUUAGAAUGUCGUAAUAAUCAGCGUUCUUGUUCGAGACGCUAGACUAGCGUUGUAUUUAACGUAUCAAAAGUUAUAUAUUAGAUUUAUGAAGAGCAUGUCAUGUUAAUGAAGAUUCUGUAACGACAUACAUGUAUUUUCUAAAAUGAAUGAACCGUUUGUUAGCGAGUUCAACCUGUUUUUUGAUUAAAAUUUUAAAUUUCAUCACUGGAUGCAGCAUUGAGUACCUUAAUAUAUCAUUGUUUGUUUGAUAUUUAUCCGAUUUUGGUUGUGCUGGCAUUGCAAAAAACUCACUUAUUAUUUGCGAAACGCACGCAAAGACUGUAUAAUAGAAAGUCAUUUAAUGCUGUCCUUACUAUUGAAUGUGAAGGAUUCGGUCAUUCAUGGUAUGCAAUGAUAUAAUACAAAGGAACAGUGGAUUUUUUUCCUUUUGUUGUAAUAUACUAAAAUAUUUUAUGGAAUUGUGUACAUAUCUACUAUGCCAGUGCAUUCGAGCUACAUUUAUAAAAUAUCGUUUCAGUAAACAAAUAUAAUACUGAUAACCUUUG